AUGCCGCUGCUAUCCAACCUCGCAGCCAUCGCGCGGCACUACUACGACCUGGGCUUCACGUCCUUCGGCGGGCCGGGCGUGCACGUCGUGAUCCUGCGGCAGCGCUUCGUCGACCGCCUGCGGUGGGUGGACGAGAAGACGUUUGUCGACCUCUUCGCUCUGGGUAAUGCGCUGCCGGGACCAGGGUCGACGCAGCUCGCCUUCUCCAUCGCUGUCGUCACGCACGGCGUGGUCGCGGGGCUGUUCGCCUUCCUCCUCUGGAGCUUGCCCGGCGCGAUAGGCAUGGGCGCGCUCGGGUUCGGCAUCUCGCACAUUGGCGACUCGCUGCCCGGUAUCAUGCUGGCGCUGUUCACCGGCCUCAACGCGGCGAGCGUGGGCCUGAUUGCGCUUGCCGCGCUGCAGCUCGCCACGGCGGCGUGCACGGAUAAGCUCACGACGCUCAUCCUCUGGCUCUCGGCGUCCUUCGGCAUCUGCUACCACGCGCCCUGGAUGUACCCCUCGCUCAUUGCCACCGGCGGGCUCGCGACGCUCGUGUGGGACUUUCGGCGCACGUGGCUGCGCAAGCUCGGCGUCGGGAAGCGCGCGGAGCAGGAGGAGAUCGAGCUCGCGGCGGCGGCGGUCGCCGCGAGCGUCGCGGCUAGCGACCAGGCGAGCACCGCGCCAGUCAACCAGCAGCCUGUGGCCCAGGCCGGCUCAGACGGGGGCGGCACGCCGCGCACGUCGUCCCUCCGCCAGCGGAUCACGGACCCCGCCACCCCUCCGCCAGACGACUCGGCGCACGCCGAAGCGGCACAGCCUACGCUAGCGGACAACCUCAAGGUCGUCUCCCCGCCCGUGGCCGUCGCGCUGCUCCUCGGCUUCGUCCUCUUCCUCACUGUCCCGCUCGCGACCCGCGCAGGCAUCCACAACGCCGGCAAGCACGUGCCCCGCGCGCUCGACUUCUUCUGUAACAUGAUCAUCGCGGGGACGAUCAUCUUUGGCGGCGGGCCGGUCGUCAUCCCCCUGCUGCGCGGGUACGUCGUCGACCCGGGCUGGGUGUCGGACCGCGACUUUCUGCUGCUGUUCGCUAUCCUCCAGGCGUUCCCGGGACCCAACUUCAACUUUGCAGUCGCGCUCGGCGUGCUCGCGCUGUCGCCCAAGCUGCCGGCGCUUGGUGCGGUGCUGGGGUUUAUUGGCAUCUUCGCGCCGGGCAUUCUCCUCAAGCUUGCCCUGUUGCCCAUCUACUCGAGUUGGAGGGACAAGAGCGUCGCGCGCAGUGUGCUCCGCGGACUGAACGCCGCCGCGAGCGGCCUGGUGUUCACUGCCGUGUGGCAGCUCUUCCUCGUCGGAUACAUCUACCAGUCGGGCGGCGGCGAGUCGGGCAAGAAACAGGCCCUCGCUGGCCCGCUGACUUCCGACCCGUUCUGGGCCGUGGUCAGCUCGGGCACAUUCGUCGCGAGCCGGACGUUUGGAUCCCCGCCUUGGCUCAGUGUCAUGGGCGGCGGUGUGGCGGGUCUCGCGUGGUACGGCGUGCAGCAGAGCUAG